GCCUCUCUUCAUUUCCACCAGGCCUUGGAUGAGACACAACUGACCAUGGACGCUUUCGUAGAGCUCAACACCAAGGCAAAGAUGCCCAUUUUGGGGCUGGGCACCUGGAAGUCGUCCCCUGGCCAAGUGACAGAGGCAGUGAAGGUGGCAAUUGAUACCGGCUAUCGUCACUUCGACUGCGCUUACGUCUACCAGAACGAGAAUGAAGUGGGGGACGCCAUCCAGCAGAAGAUCAAGGAGGGAGUGGUGAAGCGAGAGGACCUCUUUAUUGUCAGUAAGCUCUGGUCCACGUUCCACGAGAAGCACUUGGUGAAGGAGGCCUUCCUGAAGUCUCUCGGCAAGCUCAAACUGGAUUACCUCGACAUGUACCUCAUUCACUGGCCUAUAGGAUUUAAGGCUGGGGAGGUAUUCAUGCCUUUGGAUGAGAAAGGUGAAAUCAUUGUCAGCAACACCAACCUCUUGGACACGUGGGAGGCCAUGGAGGAGCUGGUGGACGCCGGGCUGGUGAAAGCAAUCGGAGUCUCCAACUUCAACCACGAGCAGAUCGAGAAGAUCUUGAACAAACCAGGACUGAAGUACCCGCCAGCCACUAACCAGGUGGAGUGCCACCCGUACCUCACCCAGGUCAAGCUGAUAAAUUACUGCCAGUCCAAGGGGAUUUCGGUAACAGCCUACAGCCCCUUCGGCUCCCCGGAUAGGCCAUGGGCCAAGCCAGAAGACCCUUCUCUCCUGAAUGAUUCCAAGAUUAAGGAGAUUGCAGUGAAGCACAAGAAAACCUCCGCGCAGGUCCUGAUCCGGUUUCACAUCCAGCGGAACACGAUUGUAAUCCCCAAGUCAGUCACCCCUCAGCGGAUUGUGGAGAACUUUCAGGUCUUCGACUUUGAGUUGAGUAAGGAGGAGAUGGAAACAAUCCUGAGCUUCAACAGAAACUGGAGGGCCUGUGGCAUCCCAGCAAAUGAAAAUCACAAGGACUAUCCCUUCAAAGCCGAAUAUUGAAGCUGGGGUCCUCACUGCCCUCUAGAUGAGCCUCUCGCAGAUUUCGUUGAUUCAGUCGCAGAUAAUUGUGUCUUGUAUUUGUACUUGUGCUACUGGGUUUGGGGCGUGCUUGCAGUGCAUCAGCAGAUCAAAUGGGUAAGCCGCAAACCAAUGUGGGGCCUAGGGUGUGGCUUUGUAGUAGUCUUGGCAUAGCUUUAAAUUUAAAAUAAGGCCAGGUCCUGGACUCCCCCACUGAGUCCUUCUGAACGGCUUAGUGAGAGAGAAUUCUGCAGAUCAAACCAGUUAGCCAUUAUGUCAUCGGAAGGGCAGUUUUCUUUCCUUUUGUAACUGCUGGAUUUCUGUUGCUCACAGUUAAAUUUUUUCUCAAUGGCUUCACAGUUUUCUAAUUUCUAAUAAAAUCCAUUCACAUUA